GCCACCGGCUUGAACAGAACUUGCGCCAUGUUUUGUGAAAAAGUUUUGCCCGCCACGGUCGCGUUUUUACUCCUUCUGAACUUGUCAGGUUCAAAAUCAGAGGCACGGGUAAGAUUUAAUUCAAAUUUAUUUGCACACAUUUUCACCCUCUACCUCAGCCCUGAAAUAUAAAUGCACAGCCAAUCAAGGAGGCGUUUGAUGGCGUUUUCAGGGAAGAUUGAAAGUUUCUUGGUCUUGCCAAACACAAACGUUUCUAGAUCAGUAAUUUUUUUUGUUAAUAAAUCAGGCUAUUUUAUAGUAGGUAUGAAUAACAUCUAUGAAAAUUACUGAAACUCUAAUUUUGCAUUUUUGUUUUGUUUCUUAUCACUUGGCUAUCACUUGCUGAUGGUUUUAGAGCUUUUCUCCACGUCAUAAAUUCUAAAUUGCCCUGUGCUCUAGACACGGAGCAAUAAUUGACGUGAUCGAAAAAUUAAGACAAAAUGAGGUCACUCAAUUGGAAAAAUCUUUGAAGUACAACGUGAAAGGUAGUGAUUAAAUAUAAGAGGAAGUGACUGUCCAGUUAAAAAACUGUUCUUCCCCUUAUCGGCAGGAUCACAAGGGUUGGAGUCUGCGAAUAAGACCCUUUAAAGACUACAUGCCUAGGAAUUAUAAGGUUUGUGUCGCAUUGAGUAUUGAGUAAAUUUUAAGGCGGGCGUUUGGCAUCAGCGAAAGGAAAACCACACUACUCCCCUAGUAGCAAUAGUAAAAACACACCUGAAUAACAAGAAGAAGGUAUAGUCUUCACAACAAUCAUUUCCAGCUCCCUUUAGCCACGCGUAAUAAGCGUGAGCUACGAAGCACCACAGGGUGAAAGGGAGCAAAACAAGCGAUGGGUUGGGGGAUGGAGGAGGAGCAUUCGAUUGCCGCUGCCCUUCUUGAGCUUCGAGAAGAUUGAAAGCGAUUGGAUUUGAGGAACUUAUAUGAAACUGCGACUUAGUUCCUUCAAUUUGAUGAAAAUUAAAUCAUAGUUAUCCUAGAAAGUUAGGAUACCAUGAUUGCAUUAACCAUGGUUUAGUCUAUUGCCUCAUUUAUUUCUCAUAAAACCUGCCACAAUUUAAUGAAGGCUGUAGCACACAUUCAUUUUCAACAUUCUUUAUUCUGUCGAAUUGGUUAGUUGAUGAGAAAUGGAAAAGUUUUUGAUGUUUUAAGGUCUAUUGAUAACGGUGUAAUGACAACUUUUCAUGACGUUUAAUAGCCCACACGUUCAACUUUUAGAACAAAAAAACGCUGACUAAAAAAACUUCUUCUCUCUUUUUAUUUCUUGUUUCGUCUAUACUUUGACAGGGAGAAGAUGGAGAAAGAGAGGUGCAAAGGUAUGUUAAACGUCAAAUGUUGGACAAAAAUUAAAAGCACGUUUUAGCUGUACAUAAACAACGACGUUAUCAGCUAGAUUUACUAUUAUUUCAUAGCUACUCACAAAAUAAUGUUUUAAGGAUCAAAAUAGUCUGAAGUGACCAAAAACUAUAAAAACAAUAGACUUGGUUCUUUUACUGAUCCUUCGAUUUGUUGAUUGUUUAACUUUUUUCCGGACUUAAUGAGUCCAGUCUUUAUUGUUACGAGUUAUUAUUGUAAAUAUAGGCUUCUAGAAAUAUCUAGAGUGCUGAGUCAUGCUGACUGGAAUACUAUAGAACUUUCCAGAACAUUUCAUCAAGUCGCGCAUUUAUUAUGUAUUACUUCUAAAAUAGUUCUUAUGUAAGCGUCUGGAAUGUUCUAGAACACUUUGUAAAGAUAUAUUAAGACUCACUUGUGUAGUGGUAGUAGUAGUAGUUGUUGUUGUCGGAGCGACGAAUGCUUUGAAAGCUAUACCGAGAGAGAGUCACUGCGGAAGGCCGUUUAUUUCAAAGAACUUUGAAGACAGCAGUGAGAUUGUGUCGGUGGUGAGCCAGGAUAUUGACUGUGGUGGGCUUAAUUAGGUUUAUUAACGAUAACUAUUGUACUGCUUUUAGAAGUCGCUCCUUGUCAAGAACAUUACUCGCUGUUUAAUAAAGUAGUUGCACGAGUUUGUGGGAAUGUGGUGUUGGAUUAUACCGUCACAUUAUCGUACAAUGUUCCGUGUACAAACGAAGACGGAAGCACUUGGUAUUUUAGUGAGGUUAUUGAAAAAUUUACAGGCGAUUAUUUUAAUUAACACCAAAUUGCGAAGAGAAAUCAUGUUACUACUUGCCAAUAAUGUACAUGAAAAACAUUACAGAGAGUCAAGAAAUUUUGAAAGCGUGCGCGUCAUUCGUAAAUUGCACUCGCGUUAAACUUUAAACUCGUGUUACUAGUUUUCAGCCGAUCAGAAGCACGUAAUUUUUUUCAUGUACAGUAUUAGUUAGUUAAUUUUAAGUAAUUGAUCAUUUUAUCUACUACAGGGGAGACGGAAGAUCUCAGAAUUUAGGAGAAGUGAAGGAACAGGUACUUUCAUUGGACUAUCAUCACCACGUAAUGCAUUUAUAUCGUUGUCAGCGACGUUAUCAUUAAAAUAAGAAUCAAUUUGGAUGCCACAAUUAUCAUAAUCAGCAUCAUCAUCCUCAUCAUCACUGACAUGAUUGUUACCAUAGAAAUAAUUAUCAUAUCAUUAUGGCCAUCAUUAUCAUUUCCUUCACAUUAUCCUAAUCAAUAUCAUCAUUUUCACUACGGAAAUAUUAUGUACUUAUUGAUUGAGUGGGAGGGCCGGACUGGAAAAUAGUUGGUUCGAAGGUCAUAUCGAGGUCUCGUCAAGUCAGGACAAUAAAAACACACAAUUCAUCGAAAAAACGCGACUUUUUUCGGUCUUUUUUCUUUUAAGUUUUUGCGACAAAGCCGUGUAAGUGCAGGACCGGACGGCUUUUCCUGGACCGGCUCACGUCAACCAAUCCGGUCCUACAACACUCAGUUUUCUAUGGGCUUGAUAGGGAUGUGAUAGUUUCCAUCGUUUCACAACUAUCCUUGUUAUUUUCAUGAUUCAUGUAGCAGCCAGCAGAAAUUGAAACAAUGGAAUUCAGUCGUCAUUACCCGCGCUAUUAGGUUGGUAAUAAAGCAAUGGCUGUUAACUUUAUGAUUAUUGUUCCAAGCGCGUAGGUAACAUAGCUCAGACGGUUAAUGUAUCAUGUCAGCAAAGAGGUCGACCUUCGUAACUAAUGCCACAUGAAGCAACAAGGAAUACUACUAGUUUCUCCCGUUUGCGGAUGUAACCUUUGGCCAACUGUUAAUAUGUUUAACUUUUCCUAAUCAUUUAAAAUUUUUUAGGGAAAAAGGGACAAGGCACCUGAACUAAUGAGAAACUUUUACAAGCAACAAUUGAGAGCCAGUGUGCGAGCUUUAUUAGAAUAGCUCAAGUCACUCAGCCUCAGGGCCAACAUACUCUUUUGUUACG